AUGCUAAAUAUGCUACAAGAACUCAAUUGCCGUGAAUGUGUUGAAGAAAAUGUUCACGUAUGGAUGACUGUCGACGAUGCAGAUCCAGGGCACCAAAUACUUGAAAUUGUCGACCUCAAAGCCGUGAGUGGCAAAGCUGAUGCCACCAGCACCUCAUCAAUCAGAGGUUCAGAAAACGAAGUCGGGAAUAUUCCUACUGCUUCUGAAGCAUUUACAUGCUUAGAUACUGUUUGCGAUGGUUUGAAGCUCAAGAUUAAGGCAACCAGUAUCAGAUACCUGUCCUGA